CUCAGGUCGCACGUGUGUCUCCGUUUUCGCGUAGAUCGCGUUCGCGUGUUGGCGUUCGCGUGUGUAUCAUUCGCUCCGUCCUGCUCGCUCCCUUGCUCGCUUCGCGUCGAUCUUUCCCUCGUGGCGUCAUUCGUGGAUUCAGCCGGCGCGUCCCUCUUGUCGCACGAGUCCGCCGCGUGACGUCUGACCAAGCACGCGGUUCUUCCACUCGCGCGUUGCGCACUUCUUCCGCUCAAAGUUCCCUAUCGCCGAUCCGCAAUCAUCAUCGCCACUUCGAUGGGGACGCAGAAUUUUUCAAAUGUGAUUUGAUCAUCCGGUGGAUUGUUCGGGAUCUCGUCGAUCUGACACAAUCAACGAAGAGGAAUCGAGGAUAAAGUUUGUUUACCUGUGGUUGAAUUUUGACAAGAUGGAUCGUUUGACGGAUUGGCGGGAUGACGAAUAACGUGAUGUAGAAACGGAGAAGCCAGUUACGUUGAGUCUGCUGUGUGCGAAAUUGCGAACGGAUUUCCGUACGAACUGUCGAAUAGCGAAAAGGAUAAUCCUGGACGAGUUAUUAAUAAAGAGUGACGCAGCCACAGGAAGAGGAAAUGCUCGAUCGAAGCGGCAACGACGCGGAUAAUCUUGGAUAAAGUAUAAAUAAAUAUUAUCGAGAAAGCGACCAAACUUGCGUAAUCCUCGCGGCUAGAGUUUCCAGGCUCGAGCAGGUGCGUGCGACGGGCGCAUCUGAUUAAAUGACACCUGUGCGAGCGUAGUCGUGUAGACGCGUGAAACGAUCGACGAAUGAUCGUCUCUGGAUCCCGAUAAUCAGCGAAUGCGAAGUGAUCGAUCGUUGUAUGAAAAGGUGCGCGCCGUGCGCGUGCCGGCUUCGCGAGAGUGCCGGCGCGCCGGUGCACGAGCGGGUAAACUGAAUUUAACGUUAUGGUAACGUGAAUCGAUCGCAGAAUACCUUCACCCCUCGCCAUCACGAUUUUCCGUGUCCGUGCAUGCACGUAACGGCCAUCGUAAAAACUCCGCGAAGAAGGCGCAAAGGUAAUUGAACUAUCGGCCCGUGUUCCCCCUCCCCCUACCAUUUCCAGGCUAAAUUACCCCGGAGAAACUUUGUCGACUUUCCAUUCGUGAUAACAUCUCCAACUUACACGAGCAAAUUCGAGUGGUUCACGCGGUCUCUCGCGAAAUUUCCCGUGCGUGCACUUCUCAGUGGCGAGAUCCAUCGGAUCGAUCCGACCGGUCAGACUUCAAAGACGAGUACGGCAAAGAGAAAGGGGGUGAGAACCGCAUACACGACCGCACGUUAGGUUCACUCGGAAGAAUCCUCGCGACGGACACGUGUUAAUACGCUGUCGGUCGUUUGGAGGUGAUCAAUCAGCUCGAAGAGUCUCUGUACCGGGGAAUCGAGUACGUCUAUCAAAAGAAGCUGGUAGAAGAUUAAUGCCUUACCUACUUAAGGCUAACGAGCGGAUGUGAACGUGUAUAUUGAAUAGCGCCGAUUAAGGUUGAAUACUAAUUUGCUUAUAAUCCUGCAUCUAUAACGAUAUAAAUAAAAUUAAUGCCAAUAAUGUAUUAAACUUGGAAGUCUCGUCGAUUCGUUGAAUUUAUCUUUCGUCUAUGCGGUAUUCAAAGUAGCCAACUUUUACGUACGUCCCUUUGAUCGAAGAAAAAUCGAGAGAUCGUUCGAUGCAUAACUGAUUCCGAGAAGAUGCGCGUAUUUGCCAGAAAUUUCGGACGCGUACGUGACAGGAAAGAUUACUAAUCGGUGGAACGAACGAGUAGACUGACGACGAGGAUUCUCUUAGGUCGUUUGCUCGCGGGGAUCGUUAGCUUGUAAUCGACACUGGGGUCAGCGUUCGCGGCAUAAAUUUUUGUGCUGGCGGAAACCUUAUCGAGCCGCGUGCAGCUCGGAACGUUCACGAAGGUGUGAAAAAGAAGGAAAAAGAGAAUAAGAAGGAAAGUUAGUCUGUUUGUCUGGUCGAUAGAGCUACUGGUAUAUUUAUGUUCCACGAGAGCCCGAAGAUUUACUAGAAAAAUGAUGAAAACCGACAUCGAUGGCCCUUGCAAGGAUAACGUAGCACGUUGCUGGCGCGUUCGAAAUGUUUUAGAAUCCACAGGUCGAUAAAUUCAAGAUCGACAACUUUGGAAACUAGUAGAAACUUCCUCGAGACCGAAAUCAUCGGUGGUUGAAAGAAAUUGGCAGGAAUUGAUCGAAGGAGGACGUAAAGAAAUUCCUAUCGAAAAGUGAUGAAACGAAGAAUCGUAUAACUAAGGUUUAUUAAACGUUGUCUUAGAAAGAAGCUUACGUGGUAUCAGAAUUAGAAGAUACCGUGCAUUCGCAGGCGUUUCACCAACGCGAAAUUAAUCGGAUUACGAGUCGACGUAGUUAGUAAACGAGAAAAGAACGAAUUGCGACGAUUGUUCAGCGGACAAUUGGACUACUUGUUUCGGUGUAAUUCGAAGAAUCUCGACGUAAAGGGAUAGUGAACGGGACGCGAGACGCGUUGAGAAAGUUACCACGGAGGAAAGAGUAGGAUGCUCGUAAUCCUUCGCUGGAAAUCAGCACGGCCGAAAGCAAUUCCAGAAGAUAAACAAGUUCGCUGGGAAGCACCGGAUGCAGCGAUUGUCAUUGAAGUUGAUCAAACCUCGGAAUAGUUUAAUGGCCACGAUAUCAGUUAAACGGGCGAAACUCCUCCCAACAUCUCGUUGGAAAUACGCUGCAGUUUAAACUUUUUAAUAGAAAUAAACAAUCUUUCGAAUAAAAACUAACUAAAAUAAAAAGAAAGAAAGAUCACGCGAUAAAAUAGAAGCAAGAUAAGAAUAUACAAUUAACAAUUGAAGUUAUCAAAUGGUUUUGAAGGCACGAGAAAUCGGCGUUAAAGAGGAAAUCAAAUCAAACGCUCGAAAGUAUAUGAGAAAUACCAAAGAAAAUGACACGUGAAACACGGUAAUCCGAACUGGAAUAGAAGCUGGCACGCAACAGUGUGCCCGAAGGAGUCUUCUCAAGUCUCUUCAGGGACGUUGAACAAAUUACUCGGGCAUACACCAGGAACGCUCGAGAGCAAGAGGAAAGCCAUUAUCAAACAAUUGCUCUACAAAGGGGAACCUUCUCUAUUUUCUUGUACAGAACCUUGCAGCGUAAACGUGACGUUCGUGUUACGAUCGAAAUCCGCGAGAUCUUAUAUACUGAAAGAUCAAAUAAUCCUUUGAAUCCCAAACUUUCGAACUUUAAACGACAAGAAGAAAAAGGUAGUCGAUUAAAGCUAGGCUGGUUCACGCGAGUUUCGACGAUUAACCGCAAUUACAGCCACGUAGCUCGUGUUCUAGCGGUUUCAGACGACGUGCGACGAGUGGAGGAUUUCGUGAAACGAGUAUAUCUACCGGCACGACGUGUUUCAUGGCCUGGAAGUAAUCCGUGGAAGCUUUUCGAAGCUUCGAGCGCCAGCGGUAUUGGUUCGUUAAAGAACCGAAAGAAGUUGGGGCGCAAAGGUAAACAGAGGGGAAAAGAGGAAAAUCGAAGUUUCGUUGGAACGUUGGCGAGCAAGGGAAAAAUCGUGUGUCACGGACGAGCUACUUUGUACUUUGUCGAGUGAACGGUGUGCAAGUGGAACCGGAUGUAACGGGGGUGUCAGUCAACGGCAAUGACGAGUAUCGAAUUCACGUUGUCAGGCUGUCGUGAUAAAAACUUGGCAACGAUAGGAAAAGUCUGUUGGAGAUCGUCGCGUGGCUAAGUAGACUGGUGGCGCGGGCAUGGUGCGGAAGUAGGUUUUCUUUCUUCCGGCUUCUGCUAGAGAAGCGCAGUAUAAGUGGCUUCGAAGAGGACGAUGAUGUCUAGACAAAGCAAAGAUCCCGUGCAGAAGUGCCACUCGGACCCAGGUGCUGCAAGUACCGGCAGUACUCCUUGCAGCCCUGGUAAGCGAAUUUCUCGCAGAGUAGUGCCAGGAAUUCCGAGCUCUUCCAACACACGCAAAUGUGUUCUCACCUUGGACGGGUAUAGCUAUGUGAUCGUUGCAUCUCCACCGGAUCGAAGAGUCACGAGAGACGAUAUUGCAGUGUCCUCACCCGGUGCAUCUCCAAACGUUAAUGCAACUACAAGCUGCACUGGUACAACGUCGUCUCGAUUGCACAACCCUUCCUCGCCUGGUCGGAAUGGCCAGCUAUCGAAACAAGGCACAUUAACGAUAGUACGUCGAAGUUCUGGUAAAAGUAAGAGUAUCGGCGGAAGUUUCGAAAGUUCUCCGCCGCCACACAGUCCUGACACUCUUUCGUCAAGCCAGUCCGUGGACCUUGAUGAGAUCCUUGAUAAUGUCGAUCUAACGACGGACUCGCUUCCUGCCGUUGACACCCCCGAUGCUUGCGACAAGGCUGCUCUCAGACUGAGAUGCUUACUGAGGCAGCUUCAACAUGGCGAAAUAUCUGCAGAAUUACUUCAACGAAAUUUACACUACGCGGCACGCGUACUCGAAGCUGUCUUCCUCGAUGAAACCAAGGUGAAUUCAGGAGGGGUUGAGUGCUCUCGGUCAUCGCGUAGGGGUGCGAGCCUGUCAUCUGCAUCCCUGGGGAGCGGCUUGGACUCGGAUGGACAACAGGGCCACGCGGUGGUAACCCAGAAACGGAAGCUUCGCACCCCCGUAUGGGCAAGGCGGCUAGCGGACGAGGACGACGAACUGUCGGAGGUACAGCCGGAUGCGGUGCCGCCGGAAGUUCGCGAAUGGCUGGCUUCGACCUUUACCAGACAGCUCGCGACCACGAGGCGGAAGGCAGACGAGAAGCCAAAGUUCCGCUCGGUCGCGCACGCCAUCAGGGCAGGAAUCUUCGUCGAUCGGAUUUACAGGCGGGUCACCAACAUCGCGUUCAUGCAGUUCCCGCCGGAAGUGGUUAGGGUGCUCAAGACUUUAGACGAUUGGUCCUUUGACGUAUUUUCAUUAAACGAAGCCGCAAUGGGAGCUCCAGUGAAAUAUCUCGGCUAUGAUCUAUUAAAUCGAUACGGCAUGAUCCACAAAUUUAAAGUCCCUGCAACAGUGUUGGAGUGCUUCUUGGGAAGAGUCGAAGAGGGUUACUGCAGGCAUCGAAAUCCGUAUCAUAAUAAUCUUCACGCAGCUGACGUCGCACAGACUAUGCACUAUAUUUUGUGUCAAGUAGGACUUAUGAAUUGGCUGACCGACCUGGAGAUUUUCGCCACGUUGGUUGCGGCGAUUAUUCACGACUACGAGCACACUGGGACCACAAACAAUUUCCACGUAAUGUCCGGUAGCGAUACGGCUCUACUCUACAACGAUCGAGCCGUCCUGGAAAAUCACCACAUCUCCGCGAGUUUCCGGAUAUUGAGAGAAGAUGAAUGCAAUAUAUUACAAAAUCUAUCGAGGGAGGAAUUCCGAGAAUUUCGUUCGUUGGUGAUCGACAUGGUACUCGCAACCGACAUGAGCUUUCAUUUCCAACAACUGAAAAACAUGAAAAACAUUCUGAGCUUGGCAGAGCCUAGCGUUGACAAAAGUAAAGCUGUCAGUCUGGUUCUCCAUUGUUGCGACAUCUCGCAUCCGGCCAAAAGAUGGGAUCUUCAUCACAGAUGGACAAUGCAACUAUUGGAAGAGUUCUUCCGGCAGGGGGAUAAAGAGAAUGCUCUCGGCUUGCCGUUUUCUCCGCUAUGCGACCGUAACAAUACCCUGGUAGCUGAAUCGCAAAUAGGAUUCAUCGAGUUUAUCGUGGAGCCCAGCAUGCAGGUGUGCAGCGACAUGUUGGAGACGGUUCUCGCUCCGCUGAAUAUAAAGGAGAAUGUGGACGAAUCGAACGACGGAUCCGUUGGAGAGAGCAAAAGAUUCAAGAUCGGUAAACCUUGGAUUCCUUGCCUCGGUGACAACAAGAAAAUUUGGAAGGAACAAGCUGUUCGAGACGCCGAGGCAAGAGCGCAAAAGGAGCAAGCGCAGAAGGAGCAAGAGCAAAAGGCGAGCAGCGAGAGCCGCGAGGACAGCGACACGACGCAGCCAGCGUCCGAGGAAUGAAAAAUCCAGCGGGCCGUUCUAUUUUUCAAGAAUAUAUGUAAUUUUAGGCUACGAAGAAGCUCGUGAUUCCACACACAGCACAAUAUCCACCGCGUUGUGUCUGUCUCAGUGACACGUCUAAACGAAUCGCGCGUCACCAAGAAAGUGAUCUCCCUCGACGAUCGAGCGAACGCGUGAAAGGUCAAGUGUACGAUUAAAAAGAAUACUCCCACGACUAUUUAUACCGUUUGUUCACCACACUACAAACAAUUCUUCACCGAUCUCGCUGUAUUUCGACGAUCACUCCACCUUUUUAUCGAUCGACCAAAGAUUAUCGAUGUCUCUACGCGUCUUCAAUCUCUCGUCUUGAUUUUUCUCGCGGUCGAACGUAGCCUUUGCAUAAUCGAUGCCAUCAAUAGUCCUUGCUCUUAUUCUCGCUCUUUCGUUGCCGAGCAAUCUUCGCGAUUUGUAAAUACAACAGAAGCUUCGCGGGAUUUUUCUUACGCUACGCUACUGUCGAGCAGGUCGCGGUCUUUUCGUAGCUUUUAAGCUUUGAAAGUGACGCCUUAACGAACGAUGUACGAUCGUCGAACGCGGUGAUACUAAACCGCGAAUCGUGAUCGAAAGAAAUUCAAAUUUUAAGAAGAAGAUGGCCCAAAAUUUUGUUGCUUCGUUUAUGUGAGUGACGUCCGUCGUAUUUUCUUAGAAGUUUGAAAUACAUAAAUAUUAUUCGUGAAUUCGCGAGAAAUGUACAUUAAAAAGGGGCGAAUAAAGGGAACAUUCCUUCGCAAUUGCUCAAUGAGAACGAAGAUUAAUUGUUGACUUUCGAUCGAUGAGAAAUUCAGUAAAUGUAGGUCGUAGUUGAAUUAUAAUACACAAUGGUAUGACUUGUACAUUCUUUAUAAAAUUAGCAUACUAUUCGAGGAUCGUGAGUUGUCGCUUAGUCACAUCAGCUUUUAACAAAAGGUAUCUUUGCAAUUUUUAUUGCGCCAUCGUACAAGUAGUUUAUACUAUCUCUUGAUCCAAGAUAGAGCGUAACGCUCAUUAAAAACAUUAUGUCAAUGUAAUUUUACUCCUAAACGAACGUGUAAUUAAAAUUAGAACAUUGUUAGGAAUAUAACUAACUGUACGAUGCGAUUCUGUAACGAAAACGGGAAACCUGUACUGACAAAUUUAAAGCAAUUUAGUAGCUACAUGUUGAAUUAUAAGGAAAAAAAGAAGCGAGCAAGCGAUUAAGGCGUUACUUUCUCGGCUUACUUUACGCGUAAAUAUUACUAUCAAAACGUAGAAAUAUAGUUGGUCGAGUUUCCAUCGUAAGCGUAGCCUAAAGUUACCAGCUGCGAUAGGCGGCGAAAAUCAAGUACACGUUAACACACACGUACAUCUACACAUGCAGCAAACAAACAUACAUAUAUACAGAAAAGAAAAGAGAAAGAGAAGAUCGUAAACGUACUUACAAUUAGAGGCACAAUUGUCUGUUCGCGAUGAAGUGGUAGCGCGUGUAAAAGGACGCUAACAUCAACACGUCGACGGGUUUUCCAUAGCGUUUCGCCAUUGGAGCGCUGUCUUUGUCCGUACCUGUUUUUUCUUACAAUUAGUGUAUAACUAAGAACAUACGUUUUUUCAUAGGAACGAAGACUUUCAUCUUUGAGGGAAGAAAAGAAAUAAUAUUGAAUUCGAUCAUUUAACGAGCUAUACUAACUAAUAAUUGCUCAUAAUCCUCGUUUCUCAUAAAAUCCUUGAAAUUCAUAGUUUCUUAAAGUACCGACCAUUUGCUACGAGCACUGAGCCAAUCUCUUGUUCGUAAGUAAUAUUCUACGUUUAUAGGGAGGCAUGAAAUAAAAAUUAUUUGCUAUUUUCAUCUUUUUUUACCAAAUCUUUGAAGUUUCUAAUUUAUUGAAUUUUUUUAAGGAUACUAUACCCUGACUUAAACUCACGAACAUCCGUAGAUUUGUAAGUGCGAGUGUUUUGCGUAUAACAUUAGGGUAUCUGAGAAAUAUUACGUGACAUCGAUCGUUUGACUCGAAUUGUUUUCAGAUCAUCUGUCCAAAUAAAAAAAUAAAAAGGGUAAAAAAAGCUUAGGAGGCUGCUCGCGCUAAUUCUAAUGGCAUACAUUUCCUUCUUUGUACUUCGUGGAUUUAAAGGAUACCAUGAAAUCUCUAAUCGAGAUUCAAUUUAUUAAUAUAUAAAUCUAAUUCUAAUCGUGUUGUAUGUAAAUUCUCUUCGCUAAUGACCAAGUCAUCAUAAGGAAGAAUUUUCUUUUUUCUUUUUUUACGAAUACGUAAUAUUUUUAACGCUGGAACUACCAACAGCUAAAGUAUAAAACUCGUACCAAGCAAACCGAUAUGCAGGAUAUAUAAAGAUAGAUAUAGCGCAGAAAGACCACUUUAUCAAAAAUCAUUCAAAUCCUUCGAAAUGAAUCAUUUUAGAUCUAUGUAUAAAACUAUCGUGACAAAUUACGAGCCGAUCAUUUUCACUACUCCGCUAGUUCUAACGCCAAAGACACCCUAAUAUUUGAGCAAAACAUAUUUUUCAUAGCUUUACCACAAAUAACUUGAUCGAGAUACUAGUACGAAGCUUGUAGGAUUGGUAGACGCAGGCUGACUGUCGCACAAGUGUCGAAUUCCAGGCGAACUUCAUACGAGGAGAAACUGACAUUCUUCUUGACGGGAUGUCGCGAAAUUGAAAGCCUUCGGGCUGCGUCGAGCCCAAUCUUCGAUACGCUCGCGCAAUACGCGUCAGGUUGCCGCGACCAGAAAAGCUUACACUUGCCUUCUCGAAACUUCGACCGGCCGAUUGGCACGGAGAAAGGCGAGAAGUUGCUUCUUCUCCAAGAAGGUCCGAUUUCUCCAGUUCGAUUCACUCGUGAGCUUGCACUUAUAAAGUUUCCAAGAAACUUAAGAUCCCUUACGAAAUUGCUGAGAGUUUCGUUCGAGAUUCGAGACAGAUCGCUGCUUUGAUUCGACUUCUCGAAUAUAUCUCUUUUAAAGUAACUUUCAUAUUAUCCGAUACAUUGAUUAAUUAUCUGUACAACUUGAAACGCCUUGCUAACUAAAAUUGAUUAAUCGGAUCGUGUUUCACAAGCUGGCCGCGUCGAGAAGCUUCUUACCAUUUUCCAAUCUUUGCUUCGGUCUCUGAUAUUUACUUACGCUUUACUCGAGAAAUUUGAGAAAAAAAAGAAAAAAAUACAAAUCCCGGUGAAAUUUACACGAUAUAAACGACUGAAAAAUCGAACACCAUUUCGAACCACGUGACGUCUAACGGAUAAAUAAUAAAUAAAGCAACCGACGGUUGACAAAGAAAUAAGAGAAUCGAUGAAAUUGGAUAAUAGAACCGAUUUUUAAACGCAAUAAUCGGGUAAAAGAAGCGUAACGAGUAGAAAUCGGCGAUUGAAGGGAACGAACGAAACGAGAACAGACGAGCAUCGAAUGAGGAAGAAUCGGACUUAAAUCUAGCUGUGUGAGUUAGAUUGAUAGGGGUGUAACGUCGUUGUACAUACUUACGUUAGAUGUGUAUUCGUAUACACGUAAAGGUGCAGCUUUAAUGUAUGUAAAUGUAAUGUAAAAGGGAUAUCACUAGCGUUUAUUUAACGUGUACUAUGUUUCGUGUACAUGUACAUACAUACAUAAACGAGAAAGGGACGGAGUAGGUGUGUUUCUGCACAUUUCAAGCGCAAUGUCGCGAGAAACGCGAACUGGUAAUUACGAACGCGUCUAGUUUGUACGUUCGAUCGAACAUAUCGGGGAAUCGCAUCGUUUUAUCCUGUUAACUUUGAUCGAUUGAACGAUAAGCGAAGAGAAGAAUCCUUUGAAAUUUAGGCUCACAACGUUCGUCGAGAACGACGUAAUGCGAUGUGAACUGCAUUAUAGGAUUUAAUAAACGGAGGAACCUUUAACGCGCGUACAUUUGUAAGGAACAUAGAGGAUGCAUAGGACAAAGUCUUUCGCUCGAAGAUUAAACAUAUCCGUCCUGUAUUUAUUUGAUUUCUCUCCUUCGCGUACGUGUCGUGUUUCAUUGGCGUAGAAUUUGAUGCUGCUUGGUACGGAUGAGAUAUCGCAUCGCAUUCUGCUCAACUUCUGGGAUACUACGAUCUAAAUUAUUCAAGAUAGCUUGUACCAAUUAAAAAUAAUGGAAUACGACGAUAUAGAACUAAUCGUAUGUAAUUUCUGAAAAUGUACCUGCUUUACAAUUCUACAAAUGAUUUUUGAAACUUUUGAACAACUGAAAGUGCUUGUACAGAAUUGCAUCUAAGAAAAUUUUCUCUCUUUCUAUUCAAACGUGAUGAUAAACGAUAAAGUCUUACAAAACCUCGUACUAUAAAUAUAUUUCAAACGCUUUAGUUUAAAAACUUUCUUGAAGCUUUUUCAUAAAGUUUCCUCUUACGACUGUAUGGAUAAAAAGAAACGAAAGAUUGAAAUCUCAUCCGAGCAAUUAAAACUAAUCACCGUCAAAAGAAAGAAAUGUAACAUGUUCCAGGAACACGACCCGUAUCUCCUUUAUGUGCGAGUAAGUUAAUUGUACAUACGUGGAACAAAUCGUGGGCGAGAUCAGUUGCCUGUUCGCAACGCAACAAAGGAACAUUCGCGUGUUUUUUUCUUUAGGGCGAUUUCCCAAGUAAGACUGUGCACGAGGUUCGAAUUCGUUGCAGCGGAUCGUUUCGAAAGCCAAGCACGCUGCUCGAGCGAUUUUAAUGUGUUUGCAUGCUCGCAUUCGCCGCAACGCGAACGCGACCACGCACUUGCCACUUUUGCGUUACGUGCUCAGCACGAAAGUUCAUUUUCCUUACUGCAGCGGACGAGGGGCCAAAACGCGUGAUAGAAUUUAAAGAGAAACAAAAAAAGAAAAAAAGACAAAAAAGAGACAGUACAUUUGGAACCAUGCUCGUACCAAGAGAAUAUUUCGAUAGGAAACGCGCGAGCGAAAACGCCAUGUUAAGUAGGUACGCAUUGUAUGCUGUCUACUCGAUGAUUUUGAUUUUUCGUUGACCGUAGUACCACGGUAAACAAAUUAUGAUCGUACAAAAGUGAAUAAUAAUGGUAAGACACGUAGUUUGAGAUGGAGAGAGCUCGAUGCAGAAAUUAUCGCAAGGGGAAUUAAUUCUAUCGAACAUUGACAGCCAUUGUAUUUCGUUGAAAGGUGCGUAAUUUUUAGAAAGUUAAUGUGUUUUAAUAAGAAAAUUUGUAGUCGAUGAAAUUAGUAUUUCGUUGGUUACAAUUUCGUCAAUGUACUUUGAAUAUUUAUUAUCUAAAUUUUUAAUCAAAUCUUCAAUGAAAUUGAAUUUACAUUGAAGUUACGUUACGACGAAUACGAUGUACGUUUCGCUAACAGCUGUUUCAAUUUCUACCAAUCGAUUCUAAAAUUCCAGCAUAAUUUUACAAAAUUAUUUAUUUACCUGCCGCAGCUGAACAUUCCAUAUCUACUUAGUUUCAUAAAUUACGAUUCCACCUGCUAAGAAUUUGUCAAUACUUUCUUCCAGUUCGGAUCAAUUUAUUUCACUGCGAUACGACUACAUCUCCCCGUUGAAACUUCUCGCCUAAAUUUAUCCUACAGAAAUCCAUCUCGUUCUUUCUUUCAAGUUAUCGCAUGCAGGUUUCUCUAUCGAGCUCUUCGAACUCUCGUUAAAACGAGACUCCUCUUCAACGUCAUUCGUAUUCGCGUAUUCGCUCGCGUCACUCAGUCUCACCUUAAUCGUCUAACUUUUUUCAAGCAAAUACUGGCCUUUCCUAGUAGAACAGUGAAAAUAAAUACGUAUCAAGGUCACCUUACGAUUCAAAACAUAAAACUAAGAGCCGCGUAACGCGUACUUGAUACGUAUAACCUAUCGUAACGCUUUGCUCUAGGUGUACCUAGUAAAUAAAGUAUAAAAAGAAGUAUAAAGAAAGCAGAGAAGAAAAAAAAAUAUAAUAGCCUGAACGCGACACGUGGCUCGUGUACAGGAGGUCGCGAUAGAAGGAUCGAUAUUACACGGCAAAAAGGCUUGGAACAACAAUAUUCGACCAAUAAUCGUAAUUCAUAAGAUAAGCUAACUCAAAGAUACACCUACAAGAACACUCACACGCAUACAUACAAUGUACACGUACACCGGAUGUGCGCAUAAAAGAGCACCACUUAAGCCCCAAAGUGUGCAAAAGUUCGAUUCCCAUUGGUUUUCAUAAAGAAAUGUUAUAUAAUCGGCGAUUAUGUAAGAAAACUCGUCGAUUAAACAUACAUCAUGAGGAGAAAAUAUGGGAAUCGAACGAGUAUUGUACGCUUUUCGUUUUUUCCUCCAGUUUUUUCGUUCGUCGUUCCUCCGUUCAACGUUCGUUUAAUCGGCACAAUUAACCGCAACAGAUGUGUACAUAAUCGAUAAAAGAAACCAUACAGCACCGUGUCCGUUUGAUGUGAUGUAAUUAAGUAAUAACGUCUAAGUGAAACAAAGAUAUGGUACGGGAGAAUAUAUAUUAAUAUAAAUACAAAAUAUAAAGUAUAAAUACACGUCGUGUAUAAUUAGUACUGUAUUCUGCAUAAAUUCACCGAGAAAUAAAAAAUACUCGAUUACUCAUCGUAA